UUCAGCUCAGCUCAGCACCUCUCGUCUAGCUACGUACGCACGAUCAUGGAGGCGGCCGGGAGGAGGAAGGCGUCGUCGUCCGGCGGCGGCGCGCGGCUGCAUGUGGCGAUGCUGGCGCUGCAGCUGGGCUACGCGGGGUUCCACGUGGUGUCGCGGCUGGCGCUCGACAUGGGCGUCAGCAAGCUCGUCUUCCCCGUCUACCGCAACCUCAUCGCGCUCUCCCUCCUCGCCCCCUUCGCCUACUUCCUCGAGAAGAAGGAGAGGCCGGCCAUGACGGCGAGCUUGCUGCUGCAGUUCUUCUUCCUGGCGCUGUGCGGGAUCACCGCCAACCAGGGCUUCUACCUGCUGGGGCUGGAGAACACGUCGCCGACGUUCGCCUCCGCCAUCCAGAACUCCGUCCCGGCCAUCACCUUCGCCAUGGCCGCCGCGCUCCGGAUCGAGCAGGUGCGCCUCUCCACCUGCGACGGCCUCGCCAAGGUCGCCGGCACGCUGCUCUGCGUCGCCGGCGCCUCCGUCAUCACUCUCUUCAAGGGCCCCGCCAUCUUCGGCCCCACGACGAACGGCCAUCAGCAGCAGCAGCAGCAGCAGCAGCUCGCCGCCGUCAUGGCCGUCGGCGACGGCGACAAGAAGAGCUGGACGAUGGGGUGCGUGUACCUGAUCGGGCACUGCCUGUCGUGGUCGGGGUGGCUGGUGCUGCAGGCGCCGGUGCUGAAGCGCUACCCGGCGAGGCUGUCCGUCACCUCCUACACCUGCUUCUUCGGCCUCCUCCAGUUCCUCGCCAUCGCCGCCUUCCUGGAGCGCGACGCCGCCGCCUGGGUCGUCCGCUCGGGCCCCGAGCUCCUCACCAUCCUCUACGCCGGCUUCGUCGCGUCGGGCGUCGCGUUCGCCGUGCAGACGUGGUGCAUCCACCGCGGCGGCCCGGUGUUCGUGGCCGUGUACCAGCCCGUGCAGACCCUCCUCGUCGCCGUCAUGGCCUCCCUCCUCCUCGGCGAGCACUUCUACCUCGGAGGGAUCAUAGGUGCAGUGCUGAUAGUGGCAGGGCUGUACCUGGUGCUGUGGGGGAAGAACCAGGAGAGAGCCACUGCUGCUGCAAAAGAAGCUUUUUCUUCUGCUGCUGCUGCUGCCAUUUCUGACCAACCAGCUGCUGCUGAUUCUUGCCUGAAGCAGCCAUUCCUGCCGCCGCCGGCGACCUCGGACAAUGUGUGACCGGCCAAGAUGAUCAUGCGCUGGCACUGCACUACCAUAUGUUUUAGGCUAAUUAAUUCGUUAAUUGAUCAAAUCAACUGCCCCCUGUUCAAGUACUUGCAGGUUGCAACCACCUGCAGGAUGUCCAAAGCUGUGAUGUUUGUCUGUUGCUGCUACAAUUGCCGUCUGUUCAAUUUGUACUUCCAAAGUCUCCAAGGAAAAAGAGAGGACCUGUAUUUCACUAAACAAUGUAUUUCUUGCCAAAAAAAAUUAUAUACAAGU